UUCACCAAAACAAUUCAAUACCCGUGUGGCAUUGUCGAGUGAGAAAAUAUUUCUUCAGUUGAUUGGAGUUGGAACCGAGUGGGUUUCGCUCCAAUUUCAGUUUUCUUCAUAAAAAAAUUGUGCCAUCCGUUCACCGUUGAUUGUCGGUACGUGCCGCGAGUGUGUUAUUAUAAUCAAACGACAAGAUUGAGGGCAGUUCCACGCGAAAGUGUUUAACGCGGUUUACUAAUCGAGAGACUACAGUCAAGUCGAUUAACGAUAAUUCGAGUGAUGAGUGAAAUGUGAGGGUAAUUUGGUAUCUUCGGGGGAUUGUCAUCUUCAGUAGGCAGUUGAGCUCGACGCGAGGUCAGCGGCGAACGCGUUUCCCCGGAUCUACAGCAUGGAGAUCGAUAAACCCGAGGAAAUACCAAAGGUCCACACCCACACGAGGGUCACGAGACAAGGUCGCACUCAAUGGAGACAAUGGCUGGCGUCAAUCUCCGCGACAUUAUCGAUGGUAGCGGUUGGUACAGUCUACGGUUGGACGACGACGAUGCUGACGCGCCUUGAGAAGAACAAAGACGUACCAUUACAGAUAACCAGCGAUGAGGGUUCAUGGAUAGUAUCAAUAGCUGUGAUAACGUCCAUGGCAGGUUCCUUCUUGGGGGCUUGUCUGGCUGACUUGUUUGGGCGUAAGAAGUGUCUGCUGAGUUCAAGCGUCUUCUUCAUCAGUGGCUGGCUAAUCGUCAUCUUUGCUGACAAUGUCGUUUGGCUCUAUGUCUCCCGAGUGGUAUUAGGAAUUGGAGUUGGAAUGUCCUAUACGACUAAUCCCAUGUACGUGUCUGAAGUUGCGGACACCAACAUACGUGGGGCAUUAGGCACACUAAUUGCCGUCAACGUCUUCACAGGUUCACUAAUCACCUGCAGUGUGGGGCCAUUUGUGUCGUAUAACACGCUUGGCAUUGUUCUCUUAUCUAUCGCCAUAAUCUUUGUUGCCUCUUUCAUCUUCUUCCCGGAGAGCCCUUACUACCUUGCCAUGAAGGAUCGAGAGGGGGAGGCUAUUCAAGCGAUCAUGUACUUCAAAGGAUGCAGCAGUGGUGAAGCUAGACAGGAGUUGGAUGUAAUUGUGGAGAACAUCAAUGAGAAUCGAGUCAACACGGAGGGCUGGAGGAAGAAGGUCAACAGAUUGUUGUCUUACAACAAUAGAAAGGCAUUUACCAUGGUUCUGGGACUGAUUGUCACGCAACAGCUGAGUGGUAACUUCACCACAAUGCAGUACUUAUCGAAGUUUUUCGACGCUGCCAAUAUUGGAAUUCAUUCGGAUUAUGCUACUAUCAUUGUCUUUGCUGUUGGACUUGUCUCUGGGACAGUUUCUACUAUGACUGUUGAGAAGGCUGGGAGGAGACCUCUUCUCAUUUUGUCUGCGUUAUUCUGCUCGGUUACUUUGGGCAUUCUGGCUGUUUAUCUUCUACUUAAUUCAAAGAAAAUCGACUUGACUGCUGUUAAUCUAUUACCUGUUAUCCUUGUGAUACUGUUCGUUGUCGCUUAUCAGGUUGGAAUUGGGACACUGCCCAAUGCCCUUAUCGGUGAAUUAUUCCCAACGUCGGCCAAGAGCGUUGCCGGCGCUGCCAUUACGAUUUCAGAUGGAGUUCUGGGAUUUGUUGUCUCCAAGCUGUAUCAGAUUGUUGGUGAUGCUUUUGGAGAGCAUUAUGUUUAUUUCUUUUUCGGGGGAUUUUGCUUUGUCGCAUUUGUCUUCAUUCUGUAUUAUAUACCGGAAACGAAGAAUAAGAGCUUCGGGGAGAUUCAGGAGGAGCUAGCCAGCACUUGUGUUAAAUUUUCGGUGAACAAAUGUUUGCGGUCUUGGGAGAAAGACCGCCGGACUCGGGGGGGACAGAGUGACGAUCGCAUUGUGUGACGUUGGGGUUCUAAGAUACUUAAUUGGGGAUGCCUGACUUCAAAGUGUUUUGAUAUUUCACAGAAAUCGAAGAAGAAGUUUCAGUGAAGCCUUGAGAUUAAGCCUUCUAGAGGAGAUCUUUUAGUCACUUCGUCUUCCUGCGGUGUGAUUAGGGGGUUUUUUCUACCGAGUGGUGAGAACAGAUAAGUUUAAAGCUUUUAUAAGCCUCGGGAACUAUUGGAGAUGUUCUGAGGCGCAAGAACUUUUGGAGAUAGCGAGUGUUGUUGUGUUGAAAAUCGCAUUUUUUGUUUGUUGUUUAAUGGAAAAGUAAAAAUGACUUGGCUGCUA